AUGAAUCGUGUUUAUGAAAGUGGUGCUGCAAAAAAACGAAAAGCGAAAGAAGAACAAAAGAAAAUAGACAAGUUACCAAAAAUUACUGGAUUUUUAAAACAAGAUGACAUUACUAGCAAAAAUGAUGAAACGCCAAAAGGUACCGCUGAUUUACAGGAAAAUGUUAUUCAAAACGAAUCAGUCGAUUUGAAUCCUUCAGAACAGUCGGAAUUAUCAGUAGCUACACAAGUUCUUAUAAAUCAUAGAACAGAAGAGGAGGCAGCAUUGAGAAGCACGUCAGAAAAAAUUGAAAGUUAUUCGACUGAUAUUGCGUUAUGGGGCGAAAUCAACGAGAAGUUACGAUUAUACUGGUUGCAAAAAAAUCCAGGUUUAUGCAGCAAUAAGGAUAAAGAUUUCUCAAAAUCUGCACGGAUUUACCAAGAAGGAGAUAAACAAAAAGUGAGAACUCUAAACAAAUCAUUAUUUCAAUUGAAACUACAAAAUAAUGAAAUAGUAGAGCGUGAGUGGUUAUCGUAUUCGCCAUCAACUGGACGUAUAUAUUGCUUUGUAUGUCGACUUUUUUCAUCUGAAAAAGAUCAAUUUACAUUUUACGGAUUUAAUGAUUGGAAACACCCAGAGCGAAUUACGGAGCAUGAGCAAAGCAAAGCUCAUAAACAAACUUUAACUAUUUAUUCUAAACGGAGAAGAGAAACUGGUAGUUUAGAAAAUGCAUUAACGAUUCAACAAAAAAAUGAGAAAAAUUAUUGGAUUCAAGUAUUACGUCGAAUAACUGACACUAUAAAGUUUCUUGCUUCACGAGGUCUCGCUUUUCGAGGGGAGAACGAACGAUUCGGAUCUAGUCAAAAUGGCAAUUACUUAGGUAUUUUAGAAUUACUGAGCGAAUAUGACCCUUUCCUUAAAGAGCACAUUAAUACCUACGGAAAUAAAGGACAUGGAGUAACAUCAUACUUAUCAGCUAAUAUUUGUGAGGAAUUUAUAGGCCUUAUGGGGGAAAAAGUUCUUGCUUGCAUUAAAGUGAGUUGA